GGGUGAUGCAGCGUCCUGUUGGAGAAGGGAAUUCCUACAAAAGCAUCCAGUUUUCUUCUCCUGUUCAUUCUUUGACUCUUGGACGUUUUUAAAAUGUCUAGGGUUCAGGAUCUCUCAGUUUUUCCUCUGGAGGUCCAUCAGCUUUCCUUGAGUAAAGAAGAGGUUUUCACUGAGCAGCAGGAGACUGGCUCCAGUCUGAACCAGGAGAUUAUUGAGCCUCCACGCAUAAAAGAGGAACCCGAGGAUCUUUGGAGCAGUCAGGAGGGAGAGCAGUAUAACAGGUGCGAAAGUGCUGGUAUCAUCAAGUUCACUUUUGUCCCUGUGAAGAUUGAAGAAGAUGAGAAACCUCAGUCUACAGAGCUUCACCAAAGAAAGGCUGAGCAGAUGGAAAAAGGAGCUGAUGGAGAGGACUGUGGAGAACCAAGAGCAGCUGGAUACUAUGAUCCAGAAAGAAUUUUACAACCAGAGAUUGAGGUCAAGACUGAAGACUCUACUGAGGCUGAGACUGAUGACAGUGCAGAUUGGAGGGAGACAACAGAAAACCAGUCAGGUUUAACCUCAGUGGAAAAACUCAAAAACAAGAAAGGAAAGACCGAUAAGAAAUCACAUUGUUGCUUGGACUGUGGUAAAAUAUUUAACCAUACAGGUCAUCUUAGAGAUCAUAUGAGAAUUCACACAGGAGAGAAACCAUUUGGCUGCUCCGAAUGUGAUAGAAGAUUUAAACUCAAAGGCCAUCUCAAAGACCAUCUGAGAAGCCACACAGGAGAGAAACCCUUUAGCUGCUCUGAAUGCAGUAAAAAAUUUACCCGACAAGGAAGUUUGACGAAACACAUGAGAGUUCAUACAGGAGAGAAACCCUUCAGCUGCACUGAGUGUGGUGAAAGAUUUUCUCAAAAAGUUAUUCUGACCAGACAUAUGGUAGUUCACACUAGACAGAGACCCUUUAGAUGCUCUGAGUGUGAUAGAACUUUCUUCACAUAUGGAAAGUUGACCAAUCACAUUAGAGUUCACUUAAAAGAGCAGCCCUUUGGCCGCUCUGAGUGUGGUAAAAGAUUAAACCCAAAAAGUCAAACGACCAAACAUAAGUUAGCAAGCACUAAACAGAAAUCCUUUGGGUGCUUUCAGUGUAGUAAAAAAUUUACCCUUAAAAGUUCUCUGGCCAAACACAGAAGAACUCAUACUAAAGAACAAACAUGUAGCCUUAAAGAUGAAGUGACUCACACAGUAGAGAGACCCUUCAGCUGCAAUGAGUGUGAAAAAAGUUUUAACACAAGAUAUUGUCUGUCCAGACACAUGUUAGUUCACACAAGACGGAAACUGUUCAGAUGCUUAGAAUGUGGUAAAAAAUUUGGUCUUAAAAGUAAUUUGACCAAACACCAGAGAACGCACACAGGUGAGAAACCCUUUAACUGCUCAGACUGUGGUAAAAGCUUUUCUUUGAAUCAUAAUCUUACAAUACAUAUGAGAAUUCACACAGGAGAGAAACCCUUCAGCUGUACUGAGUGUGGUGAAAGAUUUACUCAGCAAGGUAUUUUGAGCAGACAUAUGGUAGUUCACACUAGACAGAAACCUUUUAGAUGCUCUGAAUGUGGUAAAAGAUUUAGUCUUAAAAGUACUCUGUCCAAACACAAGAGAACUCAUGCAGGCAAAAAACCUUUUGAUGUUAGCUCACACUAGACAGAAGCUUGUCAGUUGUUGUGAAUGUGGUAAAAGAUUUUGCCUUUAUCAUUACCUGAAAAUGUAUAUGAGAGCACACUCAGGAGACAAACACUUCAGAUAUUCUGACUGUGGUAAAAGAUUGAGUCAACAAGAUUCUCUGUCCAUGCUUAUAUUAUUCCACACUAGAUUUAAAGCUGCUUUAAGUGUAGUAGUAGAAUUUGUUUCAAACAUCAUCUGAUAGGUUCCCUUUGUUUCAUAACAACUCAUGAGUGCGCUAAUGAUCAGGCAUCAUAACCAGAGUCAGAUAAAGUGCAUCAUUUUAUAGCUAAUGGGGUUUAGGAUGUUUAUCCAGUUGGGGGUCACAGGGGCUUGAGCCUAUCCCAGCUGUCAUUGGGCAAGAAGCAAGGUACAGCCUGGACUAGUCACCAGUCAAUCGCAGGGCUGACAUAUAACAGACAACAAAGCACCUAUGGCCAAUUAAUGGUCACCAGUUAACCUAAUGAGCAUGUUUUUUGGCGGUGGGAGGAAGCCGGAGUACUUGGAGAAAACCCUCACAUGCACUGGGAGAACAUAUAAACUCCGCAAAGAAAGGCCCUGACCAGGAAGCAAACUAGGAACAUUUUCACGGUCAAACUUUAACAAGAGAACAACUUUUAAAAAGUGCUCCUACAUUACAUAGAUAGAUAGAUAGAUAGAUAGAUAGAUAGAUAGAUAGAUAGAUAGAUAGAUAGAUAGAUAGAUCCUCCGUGUCCAAUGAAAAACACCAAAUAAUGCAUGCAGAACAGAACUAGGACAAUAUCCUUAAUUCAUCAAAAUAUAAAAGAGAACAUUUAAAUUUUAAUCUCAUCUAAAAGAAAGUGAGCCUGACACACUCCAUCACAAAGCCCCCACCUCCAGAGAGACUGCUGAGAGCACCCCCUUCAGACAGCCGGUACAGAGACUCUGUUCACCUGCAGAGUCCUCAGACACAAAUGCUGCAGUACAUUACGUGAGCUGUGUGGAAGAGCCUCAGUCUCCACACAACCACCAUGAAAUGGCCUUUUUGCACAUUGAUAUACUUUCUCUUCAAAUUGAAUUUCUACAUUUUUUAAACCAUAAUCUAGAGUUAAUACCUUUUUGUGUUGUUAUUUUUAUUAUAGAUUGUUCAUUGCUUUGGAAAUUAAACCAAUUGAUUUCCAUGCCAAUAAAGCUAGUUUGAAUUUGAGUAUAGAUGGGUUGAUAGAUUGACUACUUUUACUGGACUAGAUAGACUAUUGCUUUAACUUUUGUGUUAUAUACAGUAAUUAACAAAUUUAUUAGACCACCCAAACCCUAACCAAAGUAAGGUUUAUUCCGCAGCUGCCCUAAAUU